GGCAGAAUGUUUCCCCCCAUAUUGUGUCAAUUGCAUUAGCGGAAUGUCAGGAUGUGAUAACGCCACACAGAAAUGUAAAUCCGGAUGUAUUACGGGGUUUAAUGGAGAAACGUGUGAUAAGACAUGCGCAGAAGAAACAGGCGUGUCAAAAUGUACUAGUUGUAGACAUAUCAGUACACCUAUUGUAACUCUUACUGUAUGUGACGAAUGUCAGUCAGGAUAUUUUUACGACACGUUCAUCAGUCAGUGUAAGGUUUGCAGCACAGGUUGCAGUGCAAACGUGACGUCAUUAUCCACGUGCUUUCCCAAAACAGGAAUGUGUCGGUAUGGAUGUUUAUCAAAUUGGAUCGGAUUGAAAUGCGACUGUAGCGUUGCGAAUUGUGACACUUGCGUUUAUGAUCAAUCACAAGUAUGUACUCGUUGUCAAAAUGGAUGGUUUGUUGAAUCUGGACAAUGCGUCGAAUGCAGUACAAACUGCGCAGUUGCAAAUGAGUGUGACACAGCUUCCGGAACUUGUACCAAUGGAUGCAAGAACGGUUGGUAUGGUCUAAAAUGUUUGCGUGCAUGUGCUUCCAACUGUUUGAAUGGAAAGUGUGAUGUAAAUGGCACGUGUACUGAAGGAUGCGUUGGAAAACAUCAUGGAAAUAAUUGUGACAAAAUAUGUAACAAUUGCAAGAUAUCAUGUGACCAGAAGACUGGUUUUUGUGAUUCUGGUUGCAUAGACAGCUACCAUGGUGACAAUUGCCAGCAAGUAUGCAAUGCUACUUGCUUUGGUAAUCAGUGCAAUCAAAGUGAUGGACAAUGUUUAUCCGGAUGUGAACUUGGGUAUCAUGGGAAAUUCUGUCAUCUUGUCUGUGGAUCAAAUUGCAGCGAAAAUAAAUGUGAUGUAGAGACAGGAUCGUGCAAAGGGAACUGUUCAUCUGGAAAUUACGGCGAACAUUGCAAUUUAGAUUGUCCGUCUCAUUGUUUAGAGCCCCUAUGUGUGAAAGAAAAUGGCGCAUGCUUUUCAGUAUGCGAAGACGGAUUUUUUGGAAGUCAUUGUAAUAUUUCGUGUCCUGAUUCAUGUCCAAAUAAGCAGUGCCGAAUGGAUAACGGAGGUUGCACUGCUGAUUGUUUCGAAGGCAAAUACGGCGAAAGAUGUGAUAAAUCUUGUAGUAAUAACUGUAAAAGCAUAUUAUGCCAUCACAACACUGGAGCCUGUGCCAAUGGAUGCAAAAUUGGUUACUAUGGCAAUUCCUGUCAGAACACGUGUACCGGAUGUGGUAGUUUAGGAUGUAGUCAGAAUUCCGGGAAAUGCGAAAGUACAUCUAUAAAUGAAAGCAAAGAUAACAACACCAUCCUGAUUGCCGGAAUUAGCGCUGGGUGUAUCAUGGUCAUAAUAUUUCUUGUUGUAGUAAUAUAUUGGUGUUUAAGAAGGAAAAAAUCGGAAGAAAACAGUAACAAUUCAAAAGACACAGGAACAAAAAGAUACUCAGAGCUACCUGAAACAAGCCAACUUUGAACACAUAUGCUAUUUUGAUUUGUUCUUAUUGAUAUUUUAAGGUGGUACCAGACUAAAAUUAAUUUGGCUUGUUUAAUGCUCAUAAAAUUUUGAUAAAAUAUUUACUUUGACCCUUUGACAAAAAUAUAAAAAUUUCAAAAAACCACACACUUUAUCGGAAAAAUUUCAUUGGAUAUAUAGCAGUUUGAUGAACACCAAUUUUGAUCAUUGAGAAGCUUAAAUUCUACUUAACAAUAGAAAGUGAUUAAAACUUUCAGAUGUUGUUUUUAGAGUUAUCUCCAUGUAGUGUUAUGCACCACCUUAAUCAUAAGUCUUUUGAUAUUUUGACUACUAUAAAUUCGUGUUUUACCGGUAACAGAUAGAAUAAGAGAAACAUAAUUGAAAAAUGAAAUACAUUCAUGUUCUAUAACUUUGUUUCUUUACUGCUACACAUCUUUGAUUUAGUUGAAUUUCUAUCUAUACAUUUUUGUUUUUAUUUGUUUGCAAAUGGUAAGGUAUUUAGAAGUAUUCAUCUUCUUUUUCCA